AUGAGCACCCGCCCAUUUUUAUCGCACAUCCCAUCUAGUACUGGACCCAAGAAGGGCCGCAGGAAGGACCCCAUCGAGCAGUUCAUUGGCAGCAACCAGGUGAUACUCCAGUCUGGGUUGAACCAGUUGCGAUACAUGGUGCUCGUUGAGGGACUACUCACCCCUGAAGGAUACGAGACCUGCCCGUAUCGAACGUAUAUCUGGUCUAUUCUAUUGCGGGUGCCCCCGCUAGACACCCAGGACUACUUAAACAUCGUGGCGCAAGGCCCGCCAGGGGUGUACGCCAAGAUCAGAAACGACACGUUCCGCACUCUCACCAAGGACCUGAAGUUCAAGAAGAAGGUAUCAGAGGAGGCCUUGAUCCGUCUUCUCUGCGCUUUUGCGUGGGACUCCACCUUGCCUAUCGGGUAUGUCCAGGGUAUGAACGUACUAGCAGCGCCUUUCUUGUAUAUCAGCAAGAGUGAGACAGAAGCAUUUGCCUUAUUUCAGGCGGUGAUGGAGCGGAAUAUUCCGUUGUAUAUCCUUCCGACGCUCAACGGCGUGCACACUGGGUUGCGACUUGUAGAUAUCUGUUUACGUGUCGUUGACCCCGAACUCUUUGGAUUUCUCCAAUCCAAGUUCUUGAAGGCAGAAAUCUAUGCCUUUGCCUCUGUAUUAACGCUCUCAGCAUGCACGCCUCCGUUGUCCGAGGUACUACACCUCUGGGAUUUUUAUUUCGCCUAUGGUGUACACAUGAACGUCUUGGUGGUUGUUGCUCAGUUGAUCUUGAUAAGGACAAGAAUUUUCGAAAGCAGUCAGCCGAUGACUUUACUCCGCACUUUCCCAGAUUUACAGGCGAAGGAAUUAAUCAAGCUAGCAAUCAGCUUCAUCCCCAAGGUCCCGGAAGACAUAUACAGCCUUCUUGUGCGGCAUCCGUUUGAUUCUGGGAUCCAGGAUAUCGUCAAGAACACAAGGCUAUAA